AUGAAAGUGGUACGUAGUAUACUCUUUUAUGGUGGAGAUGGAUCUAUCAACCCAAGCGACGACAACAGUACACAUUACCUAUCUGAUCUAGCCAUCCUCCCUGUCCAUUCGCCAUUUUCAGUAACCAGUCCUCCUUGGAGCACAGCUUCAGGCCUACAAAGCUCUCUUGGAGGACCCUCUGUGCGAGCUCACAUUGCUUUCACGGGUGGAUUAAAUGGCGAUAACAUGCUUAUCAUCGGUGGCGUCAUGCCCAACCAGAUGCCAAUUGAUGAAGAGCCUACAGCAUACACCUAUGACAUCGACUUGGGUAGAUGGAAUUCGUUCUCCUUACCGAGAGAAAAUCGAUUAAACCGGCAAGGUGCCGGAUGCACGGUAACAAAAAAUGGGACAGCCUAUAUUUGGGGAGGCAAACGAUCAGCUCGAGUGCCAAUUCAUGUCAUGAACCUGCCUGCCAAUAUCUAUCGUUUCGAUUCUGUUCACCCUGAGAACUCAUCAUUCAUACCACUUACAGUGAACCCUCCUCUUCGAUACGCUCAUACACAGACAUUGAUCGCAAAUGACAGAAUUGUGAUACUUGGUGGGUUCGAUGGGUUGACAGGAAACGCCAUUUCCCUCUCAGAUGUUUGGGUAUUUGACAUAAAGGCAUCCAACUGGACUCAUAUUACAGCAGAAUUAGAUAGAGAUAAUAAGCCUGAAAAUCGAAGCAGUCAUAGCCAAGUGCUCAUGCCUGAUGGUUACUCCAUUUUAAUUUAUGGUGGAUACGAUGGAUAUCAUGUAUACAAUGACGUCGCUGUCUUGGACACACGUACCUGGAAGUGGACAGUGAAGAAUACAAAUGCAGCAUUACAAGGAAGAGCGGAUCAUACAGCUACACUGGUUGGUACAAAUAUGAUCGUUGCCUUUGGUUUCUCUGGCGUCUCGACAUCGUUAACUGUCAUGUCAGAUAUUGAAGUUCUGGAUAUCAACACAUGGAGCUGGACAUCCGUUUACACCCCUUCAGGCUUACCUUUUUCAGAUGACACUGACAGUGGAGCAAUACAAAGGACCGAUGAUACAAGUGGCUAUCCUUCUUUAGCGAUUAUUGCCGGUGCAGUCACCGGAGGGCUUGUCGUUUUUAUCUUGAUUUUGAUAGCCUUUUAUUUGCUUAAUGUAUACCAGCAAAGAACCAGAUCAUCAUCCUCAUCAGUAGCAAGGGUGCACUCACUGCCUUCCUCUAUAACCAUCUCGGAAAUAAAAAGGCAUGACAACAGCCCUAAAAGAUCUGACACCAUCGGCACGUCAACAACUGUCGUUGCAAAUGACACAUCACCAGUAACUGUACUCCCGUCUCCAUGGAAAGAUACACAAGAAUGGAGUUAUUCUACUAUACCAAAGGCUGUUCAUAAACCGGACGAUACAUGCAGUCAACGUCAAAGCGCACUUGAAGUAGCCAAGGACCAAGAAGUUGAGGAGGAAGAAUAUUUUGACAGACAAGAGUUCAUUCUAUUAUCUGAUGAAGUGUAUCAGCAAGAAUUUUGA